AACUCGCUACAUUCAAAAUAUGUUGAUGGAUUAGAUUGUAUAACUCACUACAUUCAAAGAUAUGUUGAGGGCAAGGGCGAAUGAUUUUUUCCGUUUGGUGCCUAAAUCUUCAACAUGCCUCGAAAUUCAUGAGUUAUCCAAUCCUAUGAGCGUGGGGCGUGAGAUUUUUGUGAUCAUCCUAUUUUUCAUAGUUGGCUCUCAUGUCAGUCAAUGGUGACAUUAGUCAACAAAGAUCUAAAUGGAAAUAGCAAUCUUUGCAGCCCCAUUUCCUCUUUCCUUCCUUCUCAUUUUUCCAGAAAAGAUGGGAGGAGACUUCUAAGUCAGAUAAUUCAUAAAUAUAAUGGUCUUGCUAGGUUCCUCAAAAUUAAGCCACCACACCCAUUAAAGUUUUUCAAAAAAAAAAAAAAUGAGAAGUUUGCUGCACUUCUUCCUGUUCUUGAUAAUUAUCAAGUUAGUUCACGGCCGGUGUGAUGCAGAUGACCUAUCGGCAUUGCUCCGCUUAAAGAAGAUAAGCCCGCCACCAGAAGCUUUUGUUCCCCCCAAGCUUCUGUCAUGGAAUUCAAGUACCAACUGCUGUGCUUGGGACGGUGUUACUUGCAGUACUGACGGUCAUGUCAUCGGUCUUGACGUUAGCGGUGAAUUUCUCGAAGGCAGGAUUGACAAUUCAAGCAGUCUCUUCGACCUUAAACAUCUCCAAAGCCUCAAUUUGUCCCGCAAUUGCCAAGUAGGCAAAGGCUUUCCAAUUCCACCUGCAAUUGGAAAGCUCACGAAUUUGAGAAAUUAUAAUCCCGGAUACACUCAGUUAAAACUCUAUAAUCCGGAUUUAAGCACGCUGGUUCAGAGCCUCACGGAGCUUAGAGAGUUAUAUCUUGAUGGUGUAACUGUAUCAGCAUGGGACACUGAAUGGUGCCAAGCCAUAUCAUCUUCACUCCCAAACCUGAGGGUGUUGAGCUUGUCAGCUUGCAAUCUUUCAGGUCCUAUUGAUCAGUCCCUCGCUAAACUUCAAUCAUUAUCGGUGAUUCGAUUGGAUGACAAUGAUCUUCCUGUGCCACUUCCAGGAGUCUUUUCCAACUUCUCAAAUUUGACAUCCUUGAGUCUCCGUUCAUGUUUGAUGCGCGGAACAUUUCCUGAAGAGCUCUUCCAGGUACCCACUCUACAAACUGUUGACCUUUCCGAUAAUCCACAACUUCAUGGUUCCUUUCCAGAAUUUCCCAGGAAUAAUUCUCUUCAGUCCUUGGUUCUAAGCAACACAAAGUUUUCAGGGAUAUUGCCAGAUUCUAUUGGCAAUCUCAAAAUGUUGUCGAUGAUAGAUAUUUCAGGUUGUAGUUUCUCUGGAUCAAUCCCAAAGUCGAUUCAAAAACUCACACACUUGGUUCAUUUGUAUAUGUCAUCAAAUAGGUUCAGUGGUCCUAUUGAUUCUAUUCACUGGGAAAAACUUGUUAAUCUGCUAAAUAUUGUUUUGGACUCGAAUUUACUCAGUGGGAGUAUUCCAUCUUCGAUUGUUUCUCCACCCUUUUUGGAGGAACUACUGCUUUCCCACAAUCAAUUCUCCGGUCAACUCCCUGAAUUUUCAGAUGUUUCCUCCUACUUAGUUAGCCUUGAUCUAAGUUUCAAUAAUUUGGAAGGACUAGUACCCUUGUCUGUAUAUAAUUUUCGAGGGCUUGAAAUCCUUGAUCUUUCUUCAAACAAUUUCAGCGGCUUUCAUUUUAACAGUCCUCAACAGUUGAGUAAUCUUUCGGUCAUUAAUCUUUCGAACAAUAGCUUGUUGGUUUUAUACAAUGGUACAACUUCCUCAUAUUCCCCAUUUCCUCAAAUUGUGAAUUUGAACUUGGCUUCUAACAAGUUGAGAACAUUCCCGGAUUUCUUUAGAAAUCACACUGGCUUAAUUGUUUUGGACCUUUCACAAAACCAGAUUCAAGGCACAAUUCCUAAUUGGAUUUGGGGGCUCAUUUCACUUAAUAGUGUCAAUCUUUCUUGCAACUCCUUCGUGACUCUAGAAUUGCCAUUAACUAAUUCUUCCAGCGUGUCUGAGCUUGACCUUCACUCAAAUCAACUUCAGGGACAAAUCCCAGUUUUCCUACCCUAUGCCGGUUAUCUAGAUUACUCAAGAAAUCAUUUCAGCUCAAAUAUACCAACUGACAUUGGUAAUUUCCUUAGCAUGACUAGGUUCUUGUCUCUUUCAAAUAAUAACUUGCAUGGGAUCAUUCCAGUUUCCAUAUGCAAUGCAAGUUUGGAGUUUCUUGAUAUGUCCGAUAACUCUUUGAGUGGCAUGAUUCCUCAAUGUUUGACCGCAAUGAGCAGUCGAGUACUUAGUUUAAGGAGAAACAACCUUACCGGAACAAUUCCUGGUGGAGUUCUUGAAUACUGUCGUUUCAGGAUUCUAGACCUUGGUGAAAAUCAAAUAGAAGGUCAAGUUCCAAAAUCUCUAGCCAACUGCACAGAACUAGAGAUUCUAAACCUUGGAAUCAAUCAGAUGAUGGAUACUUUUCCAUGCUUUUUGAAAAACAUCUCCACCUUGCGCAUUAUGCUUUUGCGAUCCAAUAAUUUAUAUGGAGGGAUUGGUUGUUCAGAGACCAAUGGCACCUGGCCAAAGCUUCAAAUCAUAGACCUAGCUCACAACAAUUUCAGUGGUGGAAUACCAGCAAUAUCUUUGACAACAUGGCAAGCAAUGAUGGCUAACAAAGAUGAUUCCCGAUCAAAGGCUAGGGCUCUAGAAUUUCCAAAUGAUCCAGGGAGAGCUGUGGUUGAAUUUGAUUAUUAUGCUGCAAUAACAGUUGUUGGGAAAGGUUUGGAGAUGGAUCUGCAAAAGAUUUUGACCAUCUUCACCUUGAUUGACUUCUCCGGUAACAAAUUCAGCGGAUCGAUACCUAAGGAAUUGGGUGACCUCAAAUCCUUGUAUGUCCUCAACUUGUCAAGUAAUGCUUUCACCGGUGAAAUCCCAUCAUCCUUGGGUAACUUGCGAAAGCUGGAGUCCUUAGACCUAUCAAGGAACAAGCUAAGCGGGCAAAUUCCACCAGAGUUUGCAAAGCUCAACUUCCUUUCGUUCUUGAAUCUUUCAAAUAAUCAACUGGUCGGCAGGAUCCCAACAAGUACUCAGUUUACGACAUUUCCCAAAGCCUCCUUCACUGGAAACAAAGGAUUAUGGGGGCCUCCUUUGACAGUGGAUAACAAAGCAGGAUCACCACCACCACCAACAUUAAAUGGAAGUCAGCAAAAUUCUGGAGAUGAGAUUGAUUGGGAUCUUAUCAGUGUCGAAAUUGGAUUUGUAUUUGGCUUUGGAAUUGUAGUCGGGUCACUUGUGUUAUGCAAGAAAUGGAGUAAAUGGUAUUACAGAGCUAUGUAUAAAAUCCUUGUUAAGAUAUUCCCUCAGCUUGAAGAAAGAAUCAAUCCUCACCGAAGACAUGUUCACAUAACUCAAAGGCCGAGAAAUUGAAAUUGUUAUGAGGAGCAAUGUAGCUGGCCUCCUUGUUAUGAUUGUGUUCUGUAAGAAAUAAGAUAUUUGCUUCUGCUGUCACAUAAUUAUAAAUUACGAGAUGUAGUGUGAGCUUGUUCUGUUACUUUUUGAUAUUUUGAUGUUGCAAACUUUAUUUGUAAAAGGUGGAUUAGAGUUGCCUGCAUUUCAUUCUUGUUUUUGAAUGCCAGGACUAUCAAUGUUUUCAACC